AUUUAACGUCACUUUAAAGUUAGAGCUAGUGGUUAACAUUUUAAUAAUAUAAAUAAUAAUCAAAUUUAUUUAAAUUUUUUAUUUAAUUAAUUUAAAUUUUAACAAUAGUAAUUUAAUUUUUUUAAAUUAUCACAAUGGCCACACAAAAAGAAUUGGAACAUUGUUACGACUUUGUUAUGAAACUAACGAUCGAGUCAGCGAAGAUAAUCAGAGAUACGACACAAGGUGGAAAAAAUAUCGAAACGAAAGCUGGUGACUGGGAUUUAGUUACUCAGUAUGAUAAAAAAAUUGAACAAAUUUUAAUUGAUGGACUUGCUAAAGAAUUUCCUACUCACAAAUUUAUAGGAGAAGAAACAGUUUCAAAAACCAACGUCCUUCCAAAAUUUACCGACGCGCCAACAUGGAUAAUUGACCCAAUUGACGGUACGACAAAUUUCGUUCACUCAUUUCCCCACUCGUGCAUAUCAAUAGCACUUGCAGUUAAUCGUGAGCUAGAAAUUGGUAUCGUUUACAACCCAGUUCUCGAGCAAUUGUUUACAGCGCGUCGAGGACGAGGCGCUUAUCUAAACGGGAAACCGAUCAAAACUUCUGACGUCAGUGAAUUGCGACAUUCUUUGGUCUGUCUUGAAGCGUCAUACGCAACCAUAGAAGAUACCAGGGACAUAAUCCUUGGAAGAUUAGAAGCAUUUGUAACAUUAGCGCAUGGGAUAAGAACACUUGGCUCAGCAGCUUUGACACUUUGUUAUGUCGCAAUGGGUGCCGCAGAUGUUUAUCAUACCGACAAUUUAUAUCCUUGGGACGUUGCUGCGGGUGUCUUAUUAAUUCGCGAAGCCGGCGGGCAUGUUGUCGAUACUUCCGGUGACGAUUUUGAUUUAAUGAAACCCAGAGUUCUGGCAAUGGGUAACAGGAAAAUGACACCCGAACUUGUGAAACUCAUUAAAUUAGCAGACAUCAAAACACACCGUAAACGCGGCAGUGAUAAGAAUAUUUUUAAUAACUACAACGGAAGCACGUAGAAAUAAUUACUUGGCAUAGUUGUGAUAUAUUUGUACGCAAAUUUAAAUAUAUCAGAUUUAUGCAUCGUAAUGAGUUAAACGUGCGGAUUUUUUUAGUUUCUUAGUUUGUUUUUAUAGAACUGUCAUAUCAAUAUUGUUUGCUAUCAAUUUUUUUUAAGUCUAAUUUGUUAUUUGGUGGGAUUUUGUACACAAAAAAAUUUUGUUUAAUUAUUAGUUAUUUUUGAAAUGAAAUAUUGUUACAGUGAUGUAAUUUUACAUAUCAAAGUGAUGUGCAGUUUGUUAAUUGCAUGUUACAUAACUAUAUAUACGAAAUUAUUUUCUAAGAUAUUUUUAAUGUUAUAAAACAAUGUUGUAUAAAUUAUAAUAAACUGUUGAUUUAUUUUUAAA